GUUUCUACUUCCGGCUCAGUGACGCGGUGUUUCCUGUCGGUACAGUGACAUUAUGAUACGCCAUAAAACGGUGAUCGUGACCGGGGCGAACAGCGGCAUCGGGAAGGCGACGGCGGCGGAGCUGCUGCGGCGGGAGGCGCGUGUGAUCAUGGCGUGCAGGAGUGUGGAGAGAGGCGACCGCGCGGCGCAGGAGAUCCGCCAGCUGCAGCCCGACACCGGACAGCUGCUGGUCAGACCGCUGGACCUCGCGUGUAUGAGCUCCGUGCGCAGCUUCUGUCUGCAGAUCAACAAGGAGGAGCCGAGACUGGACGUGCUGAUCAACAACGCCGGGGUCUACCAGUGUCCGUACUCUAGAACCGAGGACGGCUUUGAGAUGCAGUUCGGCGUGAAUCACCUGGGCCACUUCCUGCUCACGCACCUGCUCCUGGACCUGCUGAAGCGCUCUGCUCCGAGCCGCGUCGUCGUCGUGUCCUCCAAACUGUACAAGCGAGGAGAGAUCAACUUCGAUGACCUGAACAGCGAGCACAGCUACGACGCCGCGGCGGCAUACGCCCGCAGCAAGCUGGCCAACCUGUUGUUCACUUUGGAGCUCAGUCGGCGGUUAGAGGACACGGGGGUGACGGUGAACGCUCUGACGCCCGGCAUCGUCAGGACCAACCUGGGACGCCACGUCCACGUCCCUCUGCUGGCCAAGCCGCUCGUAAGCCUGGCCUCGUGGGCGCUGCUCAGAUCGCCCGAAGAGGGAGCAAAGACUUCUGUGUAUCUCGCCUGCUCGCCGGACGUGGAAGGCGUUCGGGGGAAAUGUUUCGCUGAUUGCCAGGAGAUGAAGCUGCUCCCUAAAGCCACGGACGAAGACGUGGCUAAAAAACUGUGGGACAUCAGUGAGGUGAUGGUGGGCAUCACGACGUAGAGCUGAAAUCACAGUUUCACGUCAACAGACACAGAAACCCCACAUCAUUCCCCGUACCAUCGUGGAUCCUGAAAAAAUUACACACAGUAAAAAUAAAACGUGCAUAAAACUAUAAACACUAUUUGUCAAUUAUAAGGUGAUUUAAAAUGGUUUAAAAUGUUCCUAAAUCCUGAGCAGAAAUAUCUGUCCUCAGCUGAAAAGAAGGCUUCAUUACAAUAACGGUUGAUGCACUAAAGCUGUUUUUUUGUUUUGUGGGGUUUUUUGGGUUUUUUUUUUUUUUUUUUUUUUAAGAAAAAAUAUUAGAGCCAAAAAUUUCUU